GUCGCUGUUAUCCGUGGAGACUCCAAGGUCUCCGGCACUGUCACUUUCGAGCAGGCCAACGAGAGCACCCCCACCACCAUCUCCUGGAACAUCACUGGCCACGACGCCAACGCUGAGCGUGGCUUCCACGUCCACCAGUUCGGUGACAACACCAACGGCUGCACCUCCGCUGGCCCUCACUUCAACCCCUUCGGCAAGACCCACGGUGCUCCCGAGGACGACGAGCGUCACGUCGGUGACCUUGGCAACUUCAAGACCGAUGCCGAGGGUAACGCCGUUGGCUCCAAGCAGGACAAGCUGGUGAAGCUCAUCGGUGCCGAGAGCGUCCUGGGCCGGACCCUGGUCGUCCACGCUGGUACUGAUGACCUCGGCCGUGGUGGCAACGAGGAGUCCAAGAAGACCGGUAACGCUGGUCCUCGUCCCGCCUGCGGUAAGCAUGUCCCUACCAAGAUACCCCUUCUCACUGAAAUCAACAUUGUUUACUGA